AUGUCCACUCCAGAUGCCGACCCGAAGCCGUCCUUGAAGACUGGGUCCUCCUCCUCUGGAAUCCGCACGGUUCUGCGGUACACGGGGAUACCCCCAUCAUGGCUCGACAAACGCCCUAAGCUUCCAUCUCGCAAUUGGCUCAUCUUCUACACAGUCACUUCCUCAAUAGCUGGGCUAUAUAUCUACGACCGCCAGCAAUGCAAACGUAUACGGAAAGGAUAUGUCGAGAGAGUGCAGUACCUUGCGGAGGAGCCUAUCAACCCCAUGGACUUGGCUCGUAAAGUCACUGUGUACGGGGCCAAAUGGCCUGGGGACGAGGAUUACGACGUGGGUAUCAAAUACUUCAGAAGAUUCGUUAAGCCCAUUCUCGUCGCUGCAGCAGUGGACUACGAGAUGAUUACCGGUAAACGACACGGGGAAAUCGCGAACCGCGUAGCUGACGGAAUAAAAGCACAUCGAAGGGUGAAUGCCGGGUUGGACCCGCGGCCAGAGUACAAUAUGGCCAUACCAACGCUGAAAUCACCGGAGGUGCAACGCCAACUGGAACUACAGGGUGGUAUAGUUCUCAUUGGUCGCCCGACUUUCAAAGAGUUCAUGGCGGGCGUGUCGAGGGGCUGGACAGAGGGUUUACAGAAAGUUGAUCAAGAGGAGGAGCUUGCACAUUUACUAGAGAACGACGGUCGGUUCGACGAACCGGAGAUUGAUGAAGACAACGUGCCAAUGACUGAUUCGGCGUCUCCAACAUCCAUUGUGCCGCCUAAAUCUGCAAUUUUCUCGCCUCUGCAGUUGCAGCAGCGAGCACCUGUCCCAAAACCAGAAACAUCUUCCAGCAUACCCGAUGCAUUGAAUGCGCCGCCAGUUACAAUACCCCGGCUUCCUCCUCUCCUCUUCGUACCCUUCAUCGACUACAUUGGCAUCGCCCAAGUUCCACUCAUGAUCUGGGACUUCUUCAACCAAAGACGCUAUGUCAAGUCCGGCGCCGAGGCAGCUUACCGCCUCGUCAAGCAAGUCACACGACCCAUAGAUGUCCCCGACACAGUUGCUCAGCCUCUCUUUGCCGAUAUAACAAAGGAAGACGAGGGCAUCUCACACGGAGACCUUGACUUUGACAAGAAGGUAGAGUCUUACUACAAGUCCUCUACCUCGUCCAUUCCGAGCGACAUCGAGAAAGCCCGCAAGAAAUACUACGACGCUUUGCCGGCUAAACUCGCUGUCGCUCGUGCCCUUGCCAGAAACGAGCGUGAGUUGACCAAAGAAGAGGUUGACAAUCCUCCUCCCACCGAAGUCGAACUACGUGCAGAACGGCUGAAGAAAGAGCUUAGGUGGCAAAAGGAUUUGGCUGGUUGGGACAUCAUAAAACCAGCUUCAAAAGUAGCCUGGGACGAACGGUUGAGAGAUGCUCUCAGAGUGUUCAUCGACCCGCCCGUUGAUGAAGUCGACAUUGGCGUGUCUACCUCAUAG